AUGGAUAUCACUGCAUUGUCCUUCCCAGAAUACCUUCCUGGUAUUCUGAAUGAGUUGUCCUCUUGCUAUUUCGUGGCCCUUGACCUGGAGCUCUCGGGGAUCUUCCUGCCCCCUACGGGACAGGGUUCCAAGACCCAGAGUCUGCGUGAACGUUACGCAGAAACAAAGACUGCAGCUGAGAAGUACCAGGUUCUGCAGGUUGGGCUGACCAUCUGCCACGAGGAUGUGCAGAACGGAACAUAUACCCUCAAGCCAUACAACAUCAACCUGACACCCAACACCGACAAAGGACUGGGCAUCACCCGGGACUGGACUCUCAUGAGCCAGUGCGUGGAGUUCUUGCUGUCUCAUCAGUUCAGCCUGGACCAGGUGUGCAAGUUCGGCGUGCCCUAUCUCUCUCGGGAUGAGGAGGCCGACGCAAUUGCAAAGGCUGUGGAUAGCUACAAGCCUAACGCGCCGCCAUCGAAGCCCCUGGGCAUCAAAGAAACGGACCACGAAUCCCUCGAGUUCAUCCAAGGCGUACGGAAGUCCAUUGACAAAUGGCUGGCUCAGGGCAAAGAGUGUGUCGAUUUCCUCAAUAUCCCACCACCCAUCCGCUUCCAGGUUGGUGACCCGCUGCCAACAGCCCUGAACAACAUGCAAAAGUGGCUCAUCCACCAGGUGGUUCGGGCGGAAUACCCAACUCUCAUUUCGAGGAGCAAGCCGAGAUUUGUGCAGAUUGAGCAGGGAGACCCGGAGUGGCAACGGAGAAUCCAAGAGGAAAAGCUGAAGCAGAAGUGGGUCCUGAUCCAGAAGAACAUCGGGUUUCGGUGGGUUGCAGAAGCCCUGGUGGGAGGAGAUCUCACGGGCCUGGAGUCGGGUAUGUUCACGCCUCUCAUGCCGCAAUUGAUCAACCCGACGGUCACGAUGCAAGAAUUCUCGGAUGGCGUCAAAGAACGCCUCAAGGCGAACCCGCCGGUUUUAGUGGGCCACAACAUGUUCACCGACCUGGUCUACUUCUGCAGAUGCUUUCUGGGUCCGCUGCCAGACACGGUCGAAGAAUUCCAGGUCAUGGUGCGCCGUUUUUUCCCGGUCGUAAUCGACACCAAAUAUCUCGCCACUCAUGACUGUGGCUCCAUCAAUCCCGCUUCGUCCUUGGAAAAUCUCACCCAAGACUUGUCGAAUCUCCCUAGUCCUCAUAUCGCGAUCCAUCCUCGGCAUUGCAGGUAUAGCUUGCGCCAGGUUUGCCACGAGGCAGGGUAUGACAGCAUGCUCACUGCCACUGCUUUCAUCAAGCUUGCUGCUAAGCUUAAGCGAGAGAGCAAGGGGACAGGAAAGACUUCGGUAUUGAUACCGACUGGACCGAAGAGCAUGACAUCUAAGGCCACACGAUACCCCCAGGGACGUGGAGAUGCUCAGAAGAAAGCUCAAUUCAGCAAUUUCUUCGACGCUUUGUCUGGACUGCCAGGGGAAGUUCCAAGCGUUGGCUUUGGGGGAUUCUCCGCCGAGACAGCAGUGCAAGCCCCCAGUGGCACGAUUCCAUCUCCCAGAGGCGAGUUUUGGGACGUCUACAGGAACCGACUGCGCAUGUUCGGGACCAAUGAAAGGGUCCUGACACUCGGGGAAGAGCGGGAUGAGGCUAGAUGCCAGGGCGGGCAAGAG